UUUCAGUUUAAUAUGCAUGAUGAAUCAAAUACUUCGAAGGGUACAUCCCGGUCUACUCCGAAAUCCAAAGCAAAAUCUAAAUCGAAUGAAAAUCAAACCUUGCCGAAGAGCGAGAAAAAAUCUGAAUCCAAGAAAGAAGCUCAGGAUCCGAGAGCACCACCUAAAACCGGACUUGUUUAUUUACCAGGAGUGGAAGAACAUCGAAUAUUGACAGAUGACAAUGAAUACUACGAAAGAUGUGAAAGAGUUACACUUGCGUAUGAGCGAUUAAAAGAGACAGGAGUCUUAGAAUAUCUGCAAGUAUCAGAUACUAUAAAUGCGAGAAAAAGCACAAAGCAUGAAAUGCUAACUUGUCAUGAUGAAAAUUAUAUUACAGCGAUGGAAUCGAGCAAGAACAUGUCAAAAGAGGAAUUGGUUGAUUUGACGGAGAAAUUCGAGUGUGUCAGUUUGUGCGAGUCUUCGUUCGACUAUGCCAAGACAGUUGCGGCUCAAUUGAUUGACUGUUGUAAUAAAGUGGCGAUGGGAUCGUUGAGGAAUGCAUUUGCGCUAGUCAGACCACCCAGUCACCACUCGGAACAGCAGAUGGGGGCAAGUGGGUACUGCAUAUUAAACACUGUCGCAAUCGCUGUCAUGAAUCUGAUAGAUAACCGAAAAAAUGGAGUUGGAAAAGUGUUGAUCUUUGACUGGGAUGUUCACCAUGGUCAAGGCACCCAACAAAUCUUCUACGAACGAGACGACGUCCUCUACAUUAGCAUGCAUAGCUUCCAAAGAGCCACUUUCUUCCCCUACCUCCCUGAGUCAGACAUUUUUCACAUAGGAACGGAUAAAGGCAAAGGUUUCAACGUCAACAUAGCCUGGGACGAAACGGGACUAGGAGACGAAGAAUAUAUGGCUGCCUUUUUGCAGAUUGUGCUUCCAUUAGCGUAUAGUUUUGAGCCUGAUUUUGUUGUUAUUUUGGCUGGAUUCGAUAGUGCUGAUGGGGGCGACCCUGAAGGUGAUAUGAAAGUGUCCCCUGCCUGUUACGCGCAUAUGACACACCACCUGAAAGCAGUCGCUAAUGGAAACAUGCUUGUUACCCUAGAAGGAGGCUACAACCCACCUGUUGUGGCAAAUUGUGUUGAAGCUGUUGUUAAAGUUCUCCUAGGUUUACCCCCUCCGAACCUGCAGUUAACUGGUGAUAUCAACUCCAGUGCUGUUCAAACUAUUUUGGAUGUCAUUGGAGUCAUCGGUGAUUAUUGGACGUGUUUCCAGUUCCAAGAAGAGCAGUCAGAAGAAGCUAUAAGUCACACGGAUCCUUGUUCUAUCGAAGGUUAUAGGCUGUCUGUAAAAGAAGAGCUGCCUAGCUACAAGUUUUCUAAAUCUAAGUUCAGCUGUGACUUGAAAGAUGAGUUGGCGGAUGAUAGGAAGAUUGGCUACUGCUUCGAUGCUAAAAUGCUGAGGCAUAAAUACGAGGAGGAUCCGUCACAUCCGGAGAAACCAGAGCGAAUUGCUUCCAUAAAUACACGUCUAUCAACCAGUCGAUUGCUUGACAGGUGUCUCUUAAUACGUGGCGAGAACUGUGAGUUCGAAACUCUGAAUCUAGUUCAUAACGAAGACUAUCUGAAAGCUUUCGAAGAGCUUCACUGUGUUGACGAGUACUCUAAAGAAUCAGAAAAAUUGUACUUGCAGAAUCACUGUCUGGGAUCUAUCUAUCACAACAAGUACUCCUACGGCAGUGCUCAGGUCUCGGCUGGGUCUCUGGUGCGUCUGACGUCAAUGAUUGUGACAGACAGUGGGACUAUAUCAGCUGGGUUUGCCAAUAUUAGACCCCCUGGUCACCACGCAGAGGUGAAUAAAGAAUACGGAUUCUGUUUCUAUAACAACGCAGCUGUGGCUGCCCAACAUAUACUCACCAACUACAACUCAAAAGUUCAGAGAGUUCUCAUCCUCGAUUGGGAUGUGCACCAUGGCAACGGAACCCAACAUCAGUUCGAAAACAACCCCAAUGUUCUCUACAUUUCUUUACAUCGCCAUGGUUGGUUCUUUCCGGGGGGCUAUGACGGCAACUCGGAUAGAGUGGGCACGGGAAAGGGGGAGGGGUUCAAUGUGAAUGUGCCCUGGUUGGUAGGGGAGGCUACAGACGUUGAAUACAUUGCGGCAUUCACGAAUUUGAUUCUGCCAAUUUUGUACGAAUUUAAUCCGCAUCUUGUAUUGGUUUCUUCUGGGUUUGACUCGGCAUACGGAGAUCCUCUCGGAGGCCAACUCGUGUCGGCCGAAUGCUACGCUCACAUGACCCACAUGCUAAUGGCAUUUGCUUCUGGUCGGGUGAUUUUAGCUCUUGAGGGCGGCUAUAAUCUCCAGUCAAUUGCAGAUUGCAGCGAGCAAUGCGUCAGAACUCUUCUAAGAGAACCUUGUCCAAAACUGCCUACAAAGUUUAGAAAUGCAAGUUUGAAACCGUACCACAGAACAGGUAUUUUGGAAACAAUUUGGCACCACAGAAAGUAUUGGAAGCAGUUGCGAUUUUUGAAAUCGGUUGAUGAAAGUGUUACAAAACCAUUGCAAACCGAAGAUGACGAAGUUGAAGUGCCUUCUAUAGAUAAGCGAAGUGUUCCGCCAAAAGAUACCAGAGAGAGUAUGCUUUUUUGGCGCGAAUAUUGGACUGAAGAAUGUAAAAAGUGAUACAAAAUUAAACAUUUCAAAAUAAAUUUGAUUAAUGGUCGAAAAAGCGCUAAAUUAUUAAUCAGACAAGUUUGAAUCAUUUUGAUGGAAUUGUUUUGAAUUUUCAGAUUGAAUUUGAUAACGUGAGAGUAAAUGUGACUGCCUUCAUAUUAAUGUACAAUUGCUUAGAGAUCUUUAUAGUGAAUUACUUGGAUGAUUUUUCUGUCGAAUCACAGAUUCUUAGUUGAACA